AUGCGUCAGGUCAUUCCCAUCUAUGGAUUUGGGAUCCUUCUCUACAUCCUCUUCAUCCUGUUCAAGUUCAUGUCAAAGGGUAUGCAAACAAAAUCUGAUAGUGGAUUCUUUGCCCUGAAAUCAGAGGACUUGAAAAAAAAAAUCUCCCCUUCAGAUGAUCAUGCGCUGGUGCAACUCCAGGAGAAAGUGAAGGAGAUGGAGGAAAUGAUGGAGAGCAUUGUGUCCACAGUGAGCCAUGACGCCAACAGGAUCAGAAUUGUCACCACAGAGUAUGAGGAGAAACUGCUGUGCCAACUGAGGGGGAUCACCCGGGUGAAAAGGCCUGGCAGGACCACAAAGGAGAUCUCCCCAGAGGUGGAGGCUGAGGAGGAGUGGGAAGAGUACCCAGAAGCGUUGCUCUCCCAAUAUGAGGACCCCACCUGUGGGAUGAGAUUUGACCCCAUCCUCCUGAAGGAACCCAUCCACACCCAUCCACCCACUGCUGAAGAGCUAGCAGAGAGGAUGGAGGAAGAAGAGAAGGACCUGGAGAUGGAGCAGGGUCCACGCCUACAAAGUGACCCCACUGAGGACCUGGAGACAGAGAUGGACAAGAAAAGGCCAGGAAGAGGGCUGCAGGUCAGCUUCAGUGACCAAAAGGAUUUGCUCUGCUACCUGGAGGAUGAUGUGGAGAACGACAACAAUGAGGAAGAGGAUGAGGACGAAGGGGACCCUACGGUGAAGGCAGAGAGUCUGAUGUUGGACUGCAAGGUCUGCACUGACCUAGGGGAGGUGGUACAGAAUCAAGUGGAGGACCAGGAAGAUUCAGAAGACCUAGAGGAGCCGGAAAACAUUGAGGGGCAGGAUUAUUUAGAAUACCUUGAGGAGCAGGAAAACGUGGAAUACCUUGAGGAGCAGGAAAACGUGGAAUACCUGGAGGAGCAGGAAGACUCUGAAGAGCAGAAUGACAUGGAAGAUCUGGAGAAGUGGGAGGGCCUGAGGAGGCAGGAUGAACUAGAGGAGGAGGACGACUUAGAGGAGCAGGAGGAAGACGAAGAUUCAGACGAGCAGGAAAAUUUCAAAGAGCAAAAAGACUGGGAGGAGUGGGAAAACUCAGAAGGUGAAGACAUUGAGGAGUUAUUUCAUACAUCUCAUCAAAUGGAAGAUGAUCACCUGAUCAGCUUGGUCAUCACUAAUCAGAUGCUCAGAAAACGCAACAAGAAUGAGGAAAUAUAAUAAAUUAAUUUUAAAAAAUCCCCCACAAACUCCUUUUCCUUUAAUGAUACCCAAACACAGCAGGGAAUCACUUCUGAGCUCAUUAUGGGAUUGAGCGCUAGCAUAGGCUCAUCCCCUUGGCCAUUUCAAUCAUUCCUAAACCCACUCUGGAUGAAUGAUACCACUCCUGUGUUUGUGAUUGUACCAGUCUGGACUGAU